AUGGCCCAUCCACCACGCCGCGCUGCCCAUGCUUCCGCCAACAUGUCUUCAUCCGACUCGGAAGCACGCGACUCGGGCGACUUGUUGAACGCCGUCGGCUCCACCAGUUCUCUUGCGAGCACAGUCUCAUCUGUCUUCAGUGCUAACGCUCAUCUCCCAAAGGCCAAUGGUCACUCUUCGACCAACAUCGCCGCCCUUACUCCUCUGACAUAUCCUGCUUCAUCUCCAGUCAAAUCACAUUCUCCCCUUGCUUCAUCCAAGCCCCUGCUCAACACGACCCAAAUAGAGCCAUCGCCGCUCGGUCUUGCUGUCGCAGACACCACUCGAGGUCCCUACGAAAAUACCACCCCUCGACCCUCUCCCCCAGCAGAACGCCUCCGAAUCAUCCCACCGACUGGCAAAGCAAAAGGGUACAGAACGGUUUAUGAUCCACUCACGACAAAUGACGAGCUCAGCGAGAAAGAGAAGAAAAAGCGGAAAAGUNNGAAAAUAAGGUCUUUCGGGACCGAGAUGCGAGUCGCACCGUACAUGCUAAAACCGUACGCAUACGACAAGGCCUCGACUAUUGGACCCGGUCCACCAAAGCAAAUUGUUGUUCACAGUUUUGAUCCCUUCACACCAGAAUCCCAGCUCAAGUUCUUUUUCGCGAGUUUUGGAGAUAUUGCCGAAUUGCGCAAUCAAACCGAUCCGAAUACUGGGAGUUUCUUGGGAAUCUGCCUGAUCAAAUACAAAGACAGCAAACCGAUCAAGGGUGUCUCCGUUUCGGCUGCCAACGCCGCGAAGCGCGCCGAGAAGGAAGGGCACAACGAGCGUAUUGGUUUGACCCAAGUGAAGGUCGAGCUUGAUCGCGAGGGGCGCAAGUGCAGGAAAUAUGUCGCUUACACGCUCAAGAAGGCGCGACACGAAAUGGAGAAGGAGGCCGCUCGACACGCUCCUCGCACUGUUCUGACGGCAGCAGAGUCAAUCGAUUCCUCAACACCGGUGCCACCUCCACCUCCACCACCACCCGCUGUCUCCGAAGAAACUCCUGCUAUUUUGGCGAAUGCGCCCAAGGCGCCCAAAGGACCGGCUUCAAAACGAGAUCGGGAGCGAGAGCGCGCAGGCGUAUCGGAACAGCCUUCGACCCCGAAGGAACGCGAUACAGGCCGCUCGGUCAUUGAAUCAGAGCCGAUACUGGCCAAGAUCAAACGAAAGCCGUACAUUUUUAUCUCGCGUGAUAGCGUGCCUGUGUUGGGGUCCACUGUGCCACAUCUUAAGAAGAGGUUCAAGGCUUUUGACUGGCGAGAGAUCCGCGUUGACAAGGCAGGAUACUAUGUCAUCUUUGACGACUCCAAGCGCGGAGAAGAUGAGACGGUCAGAUGUUUCAAAGAGUGCAACAAUGGUCCUAUGUUCACAUACAACAUGGCCAUGGAAUGCCAGCAGUACGGCAACCCCGAUUACGUGCGCAGUCCUAGUCCCGAAACCCAGGCUGUUCAGAGCCGACAAAAGGAAGAGACAGACCGAUUGGAAAGAUGGGCUGCUGAGGAUCUUGAGGAAGAGAAGAAAGAAAAGNNAGCUGCGGAUUUGGAUCCCGUAAAGGGUGCGCUUGAACAAUUGCAACUCGAGUUGCGCAACAAGAUCAUGGAUGACAUCAAGAAACGAGUUGUCAUCCCCGAGCUUUACGACCGCCUCGACCCUGCCAGACACGUCGCAAAACGUCGCAAACUCGACAUUCCAGAUCCGACUGACAAUGAGAAUCAGCCACCAAGUUUGUUACUGAACAAAGCCACCAACGCCCCGUCAACAACCACUCGAACCCGGAACGGACGUCCUUUGUCCCACAGCAAGCCGCUACGUCCACACGACCCCAAUCGCGGGCGGCAAAUUCCUACGAAUGCCUACAUCGAUGAGCGCCGAUUCAAGAAGCGACCAGCUGCACGUCCUGUCCACGCUCGCCCCUUGCAUUAUCGUCUGCAGCAUAUGGACGAAGAUGAGGACGAAGACGAGUCCGACGACGAACGUAGAACUCCAAUGACGCGCGACACGGAAGAACAAGAGAGCAGGCCCCUCAGUCGAGCAAGCCGUAAUUCAACACCGUUCAGCGUGUCAGAGUCCAUUGACUUGCCGACGCCUGCUCCUAAAAAGAGAAAGCUGGUUCACAAAGAGAGGGAGACAAUUCCAGAAGAAGAGCAGGAAAUCUUUGCACCACAUCACAAGGAGCUCCUCGGGGACCUCAUACAGAAGAUUCCCGAACGUAUGGCCACGCGCGAACUCGAGCUGGUUGUCAGCACCCUACCCAGAGAUUCCAAGUUCCAAGAACGCGCACGAACAGAGCUCCACCUUAGACAACGCGCUAAGUACGAUAGCGAAGAGACGCCCAUUCCGAACAUGGCAUCCACCAAAACAGACCAUGCAGCCUCUGGCGACAGAGAUGUGGCUCAGUCCGGAGAUCUGUCUGUCAAAUCCACCAAGAAGGACACCAAACGUAAGCGACCAAAGUCCAAGAAGCAAAUAUUCGAGGAGCGCGAAGCAGAACGGGCUGCGGCAAGGGCUGUUGAUGACACUCUAGUCCUGGAGGACGGCAGUCAAACCGAUGAGAGAGACAUCAACGCUGAUGCCGAUGCUGACAUUGAUAUGGCCGAACCUGUCAUCGAAGGAGACGAAGAGGAAGAUAGACCACAGGUCGAGUGGGCAGUGUCCACCGGUGAACCACGCAAGACCGUCGAAGACGAUGAUGAUGUGUUCUUGGAUAUUGACGGAUGGAAGCACAUGGUCAAGGAUGAAGAAGACAUGCGAUACCUUCAUCAAGCUCUACAAGACGUGUCCCCUGCAGAGAUUGGUGACGUUACGCUUUGGGCAUGGAAGCAGAAAGAGAUUAAGACACUCAACUCUCGUGGACCAACUGCCGAAGCGAGGAUCCAGGGAUACUACGUGCCGAAUCUCUCGGGCUGUGCUCGCACCGAGGGUGUCAAGAAGAUUUUCGAGUCCGAAAAGUCCAAAUACCUACCUCAUCGCAUUCGUGUACAAAAGGAACGCGAGGCUCGCGAAGCACAAGCUUUGGAGAACCCUAAUGCUGUCGCCGCUGCUGAAGCGGCCGCUGAAGCCGCAAGGGCAGCCGCAAUCGCCAAAACCGCAUCUGUCGCUACAUCCCGCAGCAAUCGUGCUAACAACCGACGCCUGGUCAACGACAUCAACUUGCAGAAGCAGAACCUCACUACCACCGGUGGUGAAGCCGAUGCUAUCAAAUUCAAUGCGCUCAAGAAGAGAAAGAAGCAUGUCAAAUUCGACAGAUCGGCUAUUCACGGCUGGGGUCUGUAUGCCAUGGAGAAUAUCGCUUCCAACGACCUCAUCAUUGAGUACGUCGGCGAGAAAGUGCGCCAAAAGGUGGCCGACCUUCGCGAGAUCAAGUACGACAAGCAAGGCAUUGGAAGCAGUUACCUUUUCCGCAUGGCUGACGACGAGAUCAUCGACGCGACGAAAAAGGGUGGCAUUGCCCGUUUCAUCAACCACAGCUGUACACCCAACUGUACGGCCAAGAUCAUCAAGGUCGACGGCACCAGAAGAAUUGUCAUCUAUGCGCUCAAGGACAUUGCCAAGAACGACGAGCUCACAUAUGACUAUAAGUUCGAGCGUGAAUACGGCAGCGACGACCGCAUCCCCUGCCUUUGCGGUUCCGUGGGAUGUAAGGGUUUCCUUAACUAA